GUUACUAUCAUUAACUCGUUUGACAAAGUGAACCACUUUCUUGGAUGGUAGGAUUGCUUUUGCCCACUAAAAUUUAACCUAUAGCUAGCCCUUUCCUUUCCUUUACUCUCUCAAAUGCUAGUGGUUCUUUCUCUUCCCUUGGUUGGCCACUAGUAAUACGACCAUCCUUUCAUGUUUUUCUCCUCUCUAAUGCUAGUGGUGACCUCUCUAUCUCUCACUCCCUCCCUCUUAUGUCACGUUCUUAAGCUUGUGUGAAGCAAUGAAGGGUUAUACUCAUGUUAUCCGCUAAAGAAAGGUAAGGAUUUUGUUUAGCAUGGAGAGAGAUGGAUAAAGAAACUAACCGAGAAAGCCCAUCUCUUCUCCCUAGCAAUACCGCCACCAUCAAGGAAGAAUCUCCAAGAAAACUACUUGGCGGUACUGGUGCUGCUGGUGUCGUUGUUUCUGGUGGUGGUGGUGGCGGCGGAGGUGGCGACAGAUUAAAAAGAGAUGAAUGGAGUGAAGGAGCUGUGUCAACCUUACUUGAGGCCUAUGAAAAUAAAUGGAUACUUAGAAACCGAGCCAAGCUUAAAGGGCAUGAUUGGGAAGAUGUUGCACACCAUGUAUCAUCGCGUGCAAAUUGUACAAAGUCUCCGAAGACACAAACACAAUGCAAGAACAAGAUUGAGUCCAUGAAGAAAAGGUAUAGAUCAGAAUCUUCCACUGCAGAUGCCUCCUCUUGGCCACUUUAUCCACGUCUUGAUCUUUUGUUACGUGGAAAUAGUGCAACAGCAGCUGUAACUCCAUCACCACAAGUACUACCACAACAUCAACAACCAUCAAUUCCAACUUCUGCCAAUCCUCCUUUGAUGUUGUUAAUGGAUCAGUCACCCUUGGCGGUGACGCAACCGCCAGCACCACCUUUGGCUCCUCCACCUCCACCUCUACCUCCUCCUCUUCCUCAUCAAACUAUUGUGACUGCUCAAAACUCACAUGGGUCUAAUGGUGUUGAUAGGGGGGCAAAGGGAGAUGGAAUGGAUACAAAACUAUCAGAUCAUGUCUCGGACAAGAAUGCCAUGGACACGGAUAGUAGCACUCCGGCUUUAUAUAGUGAUAAGGAGAAAUUAAGGUCCAAGAAAAUGAAGAAGAAAAUGGAAAAAAGAAAGAGGAGAAAAAGGGAAGAAUGGGAGAUGGCUGAUAGCAUCCGGUGGCUAGCAGAAGUAGUGGUAAGGUCAGAGCAAGCAAGAAUGGACACGAUGAGAGAAUUAGAGAAAAUGAGAAUAGAAGCUGAGGCUAAGAGAGGUGAAAUGGACCUCAAAAGAACUGAGAUCAUAGCCAAUACUCAGUUGGAGAUUGCAAAGCUCUUUGCUGGUGUUGGUAGAGGUACUGUUGAUUCGUCCUUGAGAAUUGGAAAAACUUGAGAGGAUUAGUGGCACUGAAGCUAAUUAUAUAUGAUCACAUUGAUGAUUAUAUAUAUAUAUAUAUAUAUAGACCUGUAACAUGUAUGUGUUAACACUGAAAAAGAAGAGAACAGAACCUUAGGAAAUGGAAGAAGAAAAAAAGGUAAGGGAGAUUUAGUAAUUAACUUGUAUGAAUUAGGCUUCGCUAAUUAGCAUUUAGCAAUAGAGAUGUGGCAGGUAAAAAUAACUUCCCUACCUCAUUGUAAUGUUCUCUUUUAUUGAACAAUGCAGGUGUUCUAUGCCAA